CAUUGUCACAUAUUUCUUCAUCUAAUUUUAGUUCAUCCACCAAAAAAUGGCUUUAAAAUAUGCAAUAAUCAUUAGUGGACUCUUAGCUAUGGCUGUUAUGGUUCCAUCAAAGGUAGCUGCCAGAGACUUUCCACAAACUUUCUCUAACUAUAACGCAGUAGCUAGUAGCGAUAUUACAGAGGGUGUGAUUGAGAAGGAUACAUCAGUUGGAGGCCACACCACUCAUGCGUCAAGUGAAGUGUAUAAAGAAGAAAAAUCAGAAUCAAAUGUUGGGUUAGAUGGAUUGAAACGACCCGUUUAUAUGCCGGGUUCGGGAGGAAGUAUUAAAAAAACUUGUUUUGUUUGUUGCAUCUCGUUGGAAGAGUGUACAAUAUGCUGUAACUAAAGAAAUAUACCAGAAGGUGGAAUAAAAUCUAAUCCACAGAUUUGUCUAA